CACACAUGUAGCCUAACACAGAGUGCUUAGGCCUCUGGGGUGGACGUGCCUUGUUGUUAGCUGUUUAUCUCCUCCCACCUGGACCUCAGGUCGGAGCUUUGACCCAGCCUCCUCUUCCUCUGAUCAGGACGUUCUCUUUGGCAGUAUGGGUGAGAAGCGGGGUAGUCCCUUCCAGCUGCUGAACCGCGUGCACAUAGACUGCGAUGGUAGUGGUGGAGGAUCCAAGACCUUAGAGCCAAAAGGUCAUGACACAACCAGCCUCACCAACCCAGACCUGGGCACCAUGGACAGUGCUGCUGCUGCUGACAGUACACGCUUCUCUCCUGUUUCACUGGAACUGGACCCCACAGCGGUGAAUAAUGGAUCAGACAUUCCCUGCAGCCCGCAGACGGACACAAAAGACCCAGCGCUGCAGAUCGACAGCCGGCCCUCUACCUGCGGCCCUAACCCUCCUCCUCUUCCUCCAGCUAGCCGGCUGCUCUCCUCCAAGCACUUCCAGAGCCCCUACAUUACGAAGACUAGCAUGCAGGGGGAUGUCUACAACUUCUUAGAGAGACCCACUGGAUUGAGAUGCUUCCUCUACCACUUCUUGGUAUUCCUCAUGGUCCUAGUGUGCCUCAUCUUCAGUGUCCUGUCCACCAUAGAGCACUAUGCCGAUUUCGCCAGCGGAACUCUCUUCUGGAUGGAGAUUGUCCUGGUGCUGUUCUUUGGGACAGAGUACGCGGUGCGGCUCUGGUCCGCCGGCUGCAGGAGCAAAUAUCUGGGGAUCAAGGGACGACUCCGCUUUAUCAGGAAACCCAUAUCUAUCAUUGAUCUGAUAGUGGUUAUUGCCUCAGCCAUAGUGCUGAGUGUAGGUUCCAAUGGCCAGGUGUUUGCCACAUCUGCUAUCAGGGGGAUUCGCUUCCUCCAGAUUCUACGCAUGCUGCACGUGGAUCGUCAAGGAGGAACAUGGAGGCUUCUGGGAUCUGUAGUCUUCCUCCAUCGACAGGAGCUGAUCACCACGCUGUACAUCGGCUUCCUGGGGCUGAUCUUCUCCUCCUACUUUGUGUACCUGGCGGAGAAGGAUGCUGUGGACGAGGAGGGCAAGACUGGCUUCUCCACCUAUGCUGAUGCCCUGUGGUGGGGCGUGGUGACGGUGACCACCAUUGGCUAUGGGGACAAGGUUCCUCAGACGUGGAUAGGGAAGGCCAUCGCCUCCUGCUUCAGCGUCUUCGCCAUCUCCUUCUUCGCUCUUCCUGCAGGUAUACUGGGCUCGGGCUUUGCUCUGAAGGUACAGCAGAAACAGAGACAGAAACAUUUCAACAGACAGAUCCCGGCUGCAGCCUCACUAAUCCAGGCGCUGUGGCGGUGCUAUGUAGCAGAGAAACCAGAAGGCUGUCCUGCCACCUGGAAAAUGUACGUCCUCACCGGAGACUACAUCCCUACCAUGAAUUCUGAAAACGACAGCCCAAACCUCAGAAACAAGAGCAAGCGCCCCAAGAGGAAACUGAAGAUGGUCCGUGACAAUGGCUCCCUGACCAUCCCUGGAGAGAAGAGGAUGUAUAUUCCUCAGCUCACCUUCGACCACAUUGAGGAUGAAGACGAGAAGAAAGAGGUCCCCUUGUUUCUGGAAGAACAGCCAGUCAUCACCCGGAUGCUCAGACAAACAGUUAAGAAAAAACUGGACAGCUCUUCCAUGGACAUCUCCCGGACGAACAGGUUGUGUGAUGACAUGGCCUAUGUCAGCGAGGACAUCCCUUUAACCGUGGUGACAGACACAGCACAGUGA